AUGGAGAAUUCUAAGAAAGGAAAAUUACUAUUCAGACAUGGAAUUACUCUAUGUAAGGAUCAAUAUCCAAAGACUCCUCAUGAGAUGGAGGACAUGAAAAAGGACCCUUAUGCAUUAAUAGUUGGGAGCUUGAUGUAUGAAAUAUUGUGUACAAGGCCUAACAUAUGCUACGUUGUAGGGAUUGUUAGUCGUUACCAAUCUAAUCUAGGUUUGGAACACUGGAUAGCUGUAAAGCACAUUCUCAAGUAUCUUUGGAGAACAAGAGAUCUCAUGCUUGUAUAUUCUAGUGGACAGUUAAAUCAAACUGGAUAUACUGAUCCUAAUUUUGAAUCAGACAAAGAUAGUCGAAAGUCGACAUCUAGGUCAUUAUUUACUCUUGGUGGAGGAGCUAUAGUCUGGAGAAGUAUUAAGCAAACCAGUAUUGCAGAUUCAACCAUGGAAGCCGAAUAUAUAGCCGCUUGUGAAGCAACUAAGGAAGUGGUUUGGUUGAAGAAAUUUUACAUUGAUUAG